AUGGCAGCGCCUACUCGCAUCGAACACCCCUGGGGUCGCCUCUUGAUUGCAGGAGGAACCGACUUUGCGACCCUCGGACGCAAGGACAAGUCGGGCAAGAACGUCGUCAACCCGCUCAGGCCUGAUCUCCCUGCGGCUCACAUCGUCCGCAAUGUCGCCAACAUCAAAUUCACUCGCGUCUUCACGUCGCACUCGGGUGCUCAUGCCGUCGCAUUGACCCUGGACGGCCAGGCCUACCUCUUCGGCCGGAACGAGCACCACCAACUCUCCCACCCUCUCCCCGCCUCCUUCACGACCCCGCAACUCGGAUCCGACGACAUCCCCUCCCCAACACCCGCCGCACCAUUCCCCUUCCCCCUCCGUUCCCUGCCCGACUCGAACGCCCCUCCCGCUCUCAAGGCGCAGAAGAUCGUCCACGCCGCGUGCGGGAGGGGACAUACCCUCCUCGUCACUGAUUCAGGCGAGGCCUGGUCCGCGGGAUGGAACGUAGUAGGCCAAUGCGGGCACUCGGAAGAGCGCGAGCACGUCAGUUCGUGGAGGCGCAUCAAGGGCGGUGGGAUCGAGGAGGAGAAGGUUGUGCAGGUCAGCGCGGGGACGAACCAUUCGCUUUUGUUGGCGGAGAGUGGGAGGGUCUUUGCGGUUGGGACGGGCGAGAAGGGCGUGCUUGGGAAUGGAAAGACAGGCGAGCACAUCACCGGCUCGCGCGUCCUCUUCAUCGUCCAGAGCGAGCCGCUCCUCGUCGAAGGCGCCAUCAAGGGCAAGAAGAUCGUUCAGAUCACCAGCGGACAGCAGCAUAACGUUGCGCUUGAUGAGGACGGGUAUGCAUACUCGUGGGGCUUUGGCGGUCUCGGCCGCCUCGGACUCGGCGCACAGAUCGACUCGCUCACGCCCUCCCUGAUCCCCUACUUCUCCGGCUCGAACGUCCUCACUCGCUGCAAGAAGAUCGCGGCAGGGUCGACCAACACGCUCUUCAUCGACAACCAGGAGGGCGUGUUGCUUUGCGGGAAGUGGAAGACGAGCGGUGAUGGGAGUGCGGGGCAGCCCUGGAUGCAACCUCGCUACGUGCAGGACAUCAUGGGCUACAAAUGCACGCUCAUCUCGUCCGGCGGCGUGACGCUCUUCGUACAUGCCAACGACCCGAAGGAGGGAGAGUUCACGGUUAGUUGGGGCCAGAACGCGCAGUAUGGCGAGUUGGCGCUCGGGCAAGGGGCGCCCAAGUCCGCGACCAAGCCGCAGCGGAUCGAGUACCUCGACGGGAUCGAGAUGCUCGACAUUGCUGCCGGCCAGUCGACUACCUUCUUCAUCGCGCGUCCGCCGCCUACGCAGGCUGCGAAGGACGAAGCGAAAGCGAUCAUUGAUGCGCCGACGCCUCCUCCCGCCGCUCCUGCUCCCGCCGCCGAACCAGCUCCCGCCACCGAAGCAGCCCCAGCACCCGCCAUCAAGCCCACCUUCGACAUCUCCGGCUUCGGUUUCUCCUUCGGCUCCUCCGCCUCCCCUCUUCCCUCGAAACCUCCCUCUCCCGCACCGACUGACUCAGCGGCAGGCAAGAAGCGUGCAGCGGGGAUCAGCAGGACGCAGCAAGGUGCUUGGGAGGAGUUGGCGAGGUGGCCGAUGGUGCUCGAGACGACGGACAAUUGUAGGGUGUGUGGAGGGUAUGAGGCGGAUGAGGACAAGGGCGAGAUUCUUGAGUGCGAGAAGUGCGAAGGCGCCUUCCAUGCGGGCUGCCUCAACCCGCCGCUGCAAGGCGUUCCCGACGGCGAGUGGUUCUGCCCGGACUGCGACGUUGAACCGUCAGCCGCUGCUGCUGCGGAAGACGAGGAGGAGGAAGAACCCGUCCAGGCGGGCAAGAAGCGCAAGGCGGGCGGCGCAGCCGCUGGACCGGGCAAGAAGCGCAAGUAA